AUGUCGUGCGGUUGCUUCGAAGGGUUGCAGCAAAGGCUGGUGCGAGUCUUGGGUGCUUUCCAAGCACCUGGGAAUUAUGGUGAGGAAAGAGAGGCUUUUGAACGAACCGUCGACUUCCUCCUUUCCGUGCCACUUCUGAAGAAGCAGUUGCCGAAAGCCGAACUACCCAAAGUGGCUCAGCAACUCACCCGGAGGGUGUGGCAGCCCGGUCAAAUCUUGGUAAGACAGGGCGAGAUGGGCAGAGCAUUGUUCUUGAUAGAAAGCGGAGAAGCUGAAGUUGUCACCUGUCAAAAGCCUGGAGCUCCGGAGGUUGUGCGUGCCACGCUUGUUGCCGGUGAUUACUUCGGCGGCCACACGCUGAUUACCGAACGUGCCAAUGUCGCCACCAUUGUCGCGAGCCGCAAAAGCAACCUUGUUACGCUCUCAUUGUCAAGAGAUCGAUUUGAAACUCUUGGCCUGAGACGAUGGUUGCAAUUUCCGAAAAGACCAGCCAUCUACAACUCGCCCCAGGAGACCGGACAAGCUGAGAUAAGCGACAUUCCCAAACUACCUCCAGAUGAUCUACUCUUCGUUUGCAAGGCAAUCAGCGAGAACGCUAACCUUCGAGCGCUGCUUGCCGCCAGCGAGGACAAACUCAAGGAGCUUGCGGCUGGCGCAGUAGCAAAAUCCUUCAAGAAAGGUGAUCGAAUUGUGGAAGCAGGACAGCAUGUUCGACAGCUGUACAUCGUCAAGACCGGCAUAAUCAGUGUGGUCGUAGACACGUCAGCGACGCCUGGCGGGCGCCAAUCAGCAGAAGCUGCAGUUGCAAGUUCGACUAUGACGGAGCGACUGCUUCGAAAGCAGAACUUUCUCGCCCAGCUGCAGCGCAAAGAGACCUCCAUGGUGACAGCCUCCUUGUUUGUUGGCGCUGCUCAGAAAGCAGAUCUCCAUCCAGGUGGGCGAGCGCAGCCACGUCAAGGGGCUGCUGCCAGGCAAGUACGUCGCUUGAGCGGGAUUGCCGGGGGUGGUGUGCCAAGUCAACCCCAGCAGAACGACGAGCACAAAGAAAGAGGCAAUGCCGACACCGAAACAAGUUUAGCUGCUGGCGACAGUUUCGGUGAGCUGUCCAUUCUGUACAAGAUGCCAAUGCACGCAGAGUUCUCUGCAAAGGAGGAUGGCACCAUGUACGUGAUCGACCGCCAGCACUUCACUGCCUGCUUCAAUCGGAGAGGGAAGCGCUUCGAUGAAUUUCUCAGCUUGCUGGAAGAGGUCCAAAUUCUCUCACCACUCUUGGCAUCUGAAAGGUUUGAGCUGGCAUGCAACGCCAUAGGUCUGGUGGAAUUCCAGCCUGGUGAACGGGUGCUUCAUCAAGGGCUGAUGCGGUCGGCCAAGCUGUGGUAUGUGAUACACUCAGGAACGGGUGUGGUGAGCUUGGACCAAGAAAAAAAUGGGAAGAAGGAGAACGAGUUCCUCACCAACCUAAGUCGUGCAGCACAUUUUGGUGAGCGGUCGCUGCUGCGUGGGGAUGCGGCGGCUCCCGUCAACAUCGAUGCGGGGCCAGAUGGCAUGGUUUGCCUUACUUUCUGGGGUGACACCAUCUGCGUCCUGCUGCGAAAAGUGCUGGAGCAGGAAAAUUCAGUGGCGCCGAGUCCAUUCUCCGACCUUAAGGAGUGGUGGGUACGAAAGGCGAGGGGGUUCAAGAGUCGCGAUGACGGCGUGAACCGUACGAUGAUAAGCUGGGACAGGAUGCAAAGUAACUGCCAGGUCGAGUUGGAUGAGCUCACCAAAGUGUGUGUUCUCGGGAAAGGUGCAUAUGGCCAAGUUUGUCUGGUCGAGGACUCGAUGCGCGGACAGCGUUACGCGCUGAAGGCACUGUCGAAGGGGCACGUGGCGAAGCAGGGCACGCAGCGGUUGGUCAAUGGCGAACGUGAGAUACUGUCUAUGAUUGACAGCAGCUUUGUCAUCCGACUGCAUCGGACGUACAAGGAUGCUCAACACGUGUAUUUCCUCUUGGAAGCGGCGCUGGGUGGUAGCUUGGUGCAGGUGGUCAAAGACCACCCAGAGAUUUUCGUGCAGGAUGCACCCCGAGGCCACUCUGGAGCCUUCUAUGCAGCCUGUGUUAUUGCUGCGCUCGAGCACCUGCACGAACGUCGAAUUGUCCACCGUGACAUCAAACCAGAAAAUGCAUUGCUGGAUGAGCAUGGAUAUGCCAAGGUCUGUGACAUGGGUUUCGCGCGUUUUGUGCUCAGCAAGACCAACACCCUGGUCGGAACACCUGACUACAUGGCACCAGAAGUCAUUGACUUUCCUCAUACACACAACAGCAGCGUUGACUGGUGGGCACUAGGAGUUCUUACUUACGAGAUCUUGAGCGGGCAUACGCCUUUUACCGAUGAAGGCGUUUCAGACCCUAUGGAGAGGCUGCUCGCGAUCCGGCGCAGCCAGGAGCAAGGACCACUUCAAUAUCCUUUUCACUUCCCACAAGUCGCGAAGGGUUUUGUUGCCCAGCUGCUGCAGAUCCGGCCACACGAGCGCCUCGGAGCUGGACGAGGCGGAGCUCAGGAUGUUCGAGACCAUGCCAUGUUCAGGACCCUCGCUUUCGAUUUUAAAGCUUUCCACGAGCAGAAGCUCCCGACUCCGUUCCACAAGCAGUGGAGCUAUCCAGAGCACUUCUUCACGGAUGACUUUGGGCUGGAUCGUGGGCAACUGGGGUUGGACACAUCAGACAGCUUGUUUAUCCCAUACAAUGCAGAUCCGUCGGACGACUGGGAUGCCAAAUUCUGA